AUUCUGCAGGCCCCCCCAGCAAUGCUGGGCCCCCGGCCCCGCGCGGCCCCCGUCCCCCCCAGUGGCACUAGGAAGCCCCCAAUUAAGGGCGUUUAAUAUUGGCGUGAUUGUUGGAGUUGCUACUGGAGUUGGAGUGGUCAGCUUGGUUGCCGUUGUCCUGGCGCUCUAUGUUGAUUGGAGAAGGAAAAUGGCACGCAUGAUUGAAGAUCAAGAGUUCCUCGGCAUGGAUGCUAGACCUUACACUUUCAGCUACGCGGAACUAAAGGCUGCUACGGAUGACUUCAAUCCCAAUAACAAACUUGGGGAAGGAGGAUUCGGCCCUGUUUUUAAGGGAACACUCGACGAUGGGAGAGUGAUUGCUGUAAAGCAACUAUCUGUAUCAUCCCACUGGGGAAAGCAUCAAUUCGUGACAGAGAUUGCCACUAUAUCUGCAGUGCAACACCGCAACCUUGUUAAACUCUAUGGAUGCUGCAUCGGUGCAGAUAAGCGGCUUCUUGUUUAUGAGUAUCUAGAAAACAAAAGUCUUGAUCAGGCAAUGUUUGGACAAAGAAGCUCGAGUCUUGAUUGGGCAACACGGUAUGAUAUCUGUCUGGGUAUUGCAAGGGGUCUAGCUUAUCUUCAUGAGGAGUCAAGGCUGAGAAUCGUGCAUAGGGAUGUGAAGGCCAGUAACAUUCUGCUGGACUCUGAUCUCACACCUAAAAUAUCAGACUUUGGUUUGGCUAAACUUUAUGAUGAUAAGAUGACCCAUAUAAGCACCCGUGUGGCGGGAACCUUUGGAUAUCUUGCUCCUGAGUAUGCAAUGCGUGGCCACCUUACAGAGAAGGCAGAUGUGUUUGCAUUUGGUGUAGUGGCUCUCGAGGUUGUCAGCGGAAGGCCAAAUUCAGACCCUAGCUUGGAAGAAGAAAAAACAUAUCUCCUUGAAUGGGCUUGGAACCUGCACGAAACCAACCGUGUUGUUGAGCUGGUUGACUCUAGAUUAUCAGAGUUCAAUGAAGAAGAGGCAAAACGCAUGGUUGCAAUAGCGCUCUUGUGCACUCAAGCAUCGCCAGCACCGAGACCACCAAUGUCCCGUGUGGUGGCAAUGCUCUCUGGAGAUAUUGAAGUGCCGACCGUGUCCACGAGGCCAGGCUACUUGCCUGAUUGGAGAUUCAAUGAUACCACUAGCUUCUCGGCUGAGACUGCUACUAAGAGCACAGACGAGAGCAUUUACAGCUCACCGUUCACUGCAAGCGCUGUUGAAGGUGCAAAUCUUUCACAGGAAAUUGCUACAACACCCAUGCGUGAUGAGAUAAUGGGAGAGGUAGGUGAUGAAUAUGCCUUACUUGGACGGAGCUCUGCUACAUCCAUGUCAGGCUUCAUUGCUUGAUUACGCUCACAUUUUGUAUUGUAGUUAAUUACUAAUAAAUACAGAUGAAUUUCCUAUAAAACGAUAUUUACUUCAUUCUGUAUAUCUCUCAGAAUUAUGCAUC